AAACACCAAAAGAUCUCAUUUUGAAGGAUGACUUGUGGGGCUCGAUUGCUUGUGUUGGAUUUUGUGCUGGCUUUUAUGUGGGUAUGGUCGGGAACUUUGAUUAAGAUCUUUGUUUUUGGGACAUUGGGAUUUGGAAAUGAUCCGGUCGGUGAGAUUGUGAAGGCUUCCUUUUCGAUUCUCAACAUGUUUGUGUUUGCGUUUUUGUCGAAAAUUUGGAAUGGGGCUUCUUAUAAUCCUCUUAACAUCUUGUCUGAUGCUUUUUCUGGGGAUUCCAGUAGCUUUCUCUUCCUUGCUGGUGCCAGAAUCCCUGCUCAGGUACUUGGAGCCAUUAGUGGUGUUAGGCUGAUUAUCCAGACAAUCCCUGAAGCAGGACGAGGGCCUCAUUUGAACGUUGGCAUCCAUCACGGUGCUCUCACAGAAGGAUUGUUAACAUACGGCAUUGUCCUAAUCUCGCUUGGACUGUCCACGACACUCCCAGGAAAUUUCUUCAUGAAGACAUGGAUCUCCAGCUGCUCCAAGUUAACUCUUCAGAUUCUUGGUUCUGACUUAACCGGUGGCUGCAUGAACCCUGCCUCUGUAAUAGGAUGGGCGUAUGCUCGUGGGGAACAUAUAACCAAAGAACACCUUUUUGUAUACUGGAUUGCUCCAAUUCAAGGAACCAUACUUGCGGUGUGGACGUUUAAGUUACUAUUUCGACAACCAAACGAGGAGAAAGUGAACACGAAGAAGAAAUCUGAAUGAUUGAACAUCGUGAAGUAGGUCGGGUAGGUCUCCAUGGUGCUCUGUCGUGGCAAGAAAAGUUGCCACUCUUACUAAUGUAUCAGAUCCUAUCAGAUCUUCUUAGUCAUA